AUGGAUCCCUCCAGCCUCCCCAAUCUCAUCCCACGAACGCACAUACGAUCGGCCUCCCGGUCUCCAACCAGAUCCCCCGCCCGCCCGCGCCUAACAGACGAUAUCCUGUCCGAUCUCUCUCCCGCAACAACUCUCGAAGCGUUUACCAGUCCGUCCGGCAAGCUGAAAGCCAGUAUCGAGGCCGCGACACCCAGCGAGCGCGCUUUCGGCAUCAGAGCUACAUUGGCAAGCAAAAAGAUACAAGAAUGGGUUGAGGAAGUUUCCGCUUGGCCAUGGCCGAAGAGCGGGGGGAGUGAGGGCUUCGAGAUGCCAGAUGCAAAGAGACGGAGGAUAUCUCCAGGACCGCACGACGCUCCGGGCGGCGGAGACACCGAUAUAGGAAGCGAAUAUAUGGGAAGCCUCCUCGCAAAGGACGUAUAUGCGUACGAGAUGCGAAUAGAGGAGAUACAUGAAGAUAUGGACGAUCUACACGUCGAAGAGAUUAAAUCCACCGUCUUGAACACCCAUUUCUCCCCGAGAUCGCGCCCUUCUUCUUCCGCAUCCCAUAGCUCCAAUUCUUCGCUCACGCCGAGUCUGCUCUCUAGCUAUACAAGAAUGGACGACUUUACUGCUGUAGUCACUGCGACGGUGUUGCAGGCGCUGCCGAAUCUAUCCAGGCUGAUACGACUAAUGGAUGUUUGGAGCAUACGACUCUUGGUACUGAGGAAAGUGCCGCCACUGUUGGACCUUUUGGAUGAUGCUGAAAUAGCGUUGAAGUCUGCGUGGGAGGCUAUCGAAAUCCCUACUCAAAUGCACAUACAAGAGAACAAUAACAGUACCGAAGUGGAAAAGAUCCUAGAGAGGAGGACAUUCGAUGUUAUGCGGAACGACUUGCAGGACAAGGUCACGACCCUAGGGAAAGAUCUGGAUUACAUGUUGGACACGCUAGAGGGGAGGGCUGAUACACUGCCAGAGCACUGGCUGGACAGGAUGGAAGUGCUGGAAAGAGAGUAUGGAGAGUGGGUUGUGAGUGGGGAAAAGAUCAUCCGGGAAGCAGAGUGGAAUAGGAUGGCAAAAGCACAGAAAGCGGAGGAAGAAAGGCGGAAGGCGGAGGAAGAAGCUAGGCAGGCUGAGGAGGCAAGGCGGAGGGCGGAGGAAGAAAGGCGGAAGGAGGAGGAAGAAGCCAGGCAGGCUGAGGAGGCAAGGCUGAAGGCUGAGGAAGAAGCCAGACAGGCCGAAGAAGCAAGGUUGAAGGCGGAGGAAGAAGCCAGACAGGCUGAAGAAGCCAGACAGGCUGAAGAAGCCAGACAGGCUGAAGAAGCCAGACAGGCUGAAGAAGCCAGACAGGCUGAAGAAGCCAGACAGGCUGAAGAAGCAAGAUUGAAGGCGGAGGAACAAGCCAGGAAGGCUGAAGAAGCCAGACAGGAUGAAGAAGCCAGGCAGGCCGAAGAAGCCAGACAGGCAGCAGAGAGAGCGAUAAGAGAAGAGGAAGACCAGUCGAGGUUAAAGGAGGAGGCAAGGCUACAGCAUGAGCAGGCUGAACUAGAAGCAGAACGGGCACGAAAAGCGGAAGAGGAAAGAUCGAGGCUGGAAGAUAUGGCGAGGUCAGAAGCUAAGAUCCAGAAGGAAAAGGAGGAUGCUUUAAGAUUAGAACAGGAGAAAGCAACUGAAUCCGCGCGGCUACAAGCUGAGGAGGCCCAAAAACAGGAGGAAGCCUCACAUUUACAGAAAGCGGAUGCUGCUGAAGCUGCUGACCUUGCGAGAGAAUCAGAAGAGGUACGGAUCCAGAGAGAGAACACCAAGUUGGAACAAGAAGCUACUCGGCCAGAGACGGGAAAAGAUCAGCAGCGAGUGGAUGAGCUACAGUCGAGAGAUGAGGCCGAGAGAGCUGCUGAACCUGCUAGACAAGCUGUUGCCGAGGAGGCCGAAUAUACAAAGCUCAUCGGACGUCCAGAGGCUUCUCGUCAAAUCGCCGACUUCUCGGAGCCUCAUGAAGAUCAACCUGCAAUCCUCAACACUCUUUCUGCUCUUUCUGUGGGAGCGGUUGCUAGUUUAGCAAAUGUUGGAAUCGAUGCUGAGAAGGUCGAGACUCCCUACAGCCUUGAAACAGCAAAACCUGAUACUGCAUUGCUUCCAACUUCGAGAUACCAUCCUUUUGAUGGAAACGGCUAUGUGAGAAGCGAAGACUCUGAUUCGCCAAUCACUCCAAAGACGCCUGUUGAAACCAAUCGACUUGAAAACGACGAUAUAUUUGGACCAGGAGGUUUAUACAACGACACAAAGCCCCCUAAGUACGCAGAACUACUGGCCCCAAUUGCACAACAUCGACGGUCUCCUCGUACACCCGCCGCACCCCUAGACUUAAAUGAGACGGUGGCUCCUGUAACUCUACCUGUUCUACCUUCAGGCAAUCAAUCUGUCAAAGAUGGAAGCUCGCCGCAAAGUCUCUCUCCGAAGAUCCCUUUUGCUGAUACGGUUGCCAAUACGCUUGGGCAUACUUCAUUCCCAGAUGGACCCAGCGAGCAGCAUCAAGUGUCUCCAAUAUUGCAGCCAAUUUCUCCGUACCCAUUGACUCCUAUAUUAACUUUAAAAGCCCCCGAGAGCAUUGCUUCAGCCUCGUCUAGCCCUGUCUCUGUCAUUAUCAACGAUGGGGCCCGAGAGUACCCUGCGAUGCCUCAACACGGGCAUGCCGAUGAAGAAUGGAGCGCCACCGACUCCCCAGUGAGCAAACAGUCUGCCCAAAGUCCAGAGACCUUUGACCAUGACGGCCACCGUCAACUUUCUGCCGAUGGCAUCUCACCCAACACCCAAACCUCAAGUCCUCCGACUUUAUCCGGCUAUGCACCCUCAGAUCCGACGCCUGAGAUUCUAGAAGCUGAACCCACUGAAUAUUUCCGCCCGAUAUUAUCUCAUAACACAGGUGAACUCUCCAUUGACGAUCGUGGCGAGCUCACAGUACCAAAAUCGCUGCAGAGGCCGGCUGGCGGUGAUGAUUUCCUCGAUUUAGAGACAGAAUCGUCACCAUCUGGCCCGAUAUUGGUACCAGAGCCCGCUCUUCCAGCUGGCCGAUGGCCUCUAAUGGAGCAGUCAAAGGCUGAAGAACUCGAGAAUCAUCUUCCAGAUUCACAGUCCCGUGCGACAGCGGCCAAGACAUCUGUGAUUCGCAACAAUAGCCCGAUCAAACGCAUUGGCCUAUCUCAUCGAGGCAGCUACUCAUCCAACGCACCGACAACCAUUAACACUCAUCAGGCAAACUGCGUGACCGUCUACUCGACUCCUUACGCAGCAUCUUCUCCUAUUCCUUCAUCCCCAAUGUCCGUUACCGAUAGCUCGGAACGUUAUGAUUCUCCAACCGCCGGGCGAGUUGGACACCGUCAAAGUGCAUACGAUUACACACCGCCAGGUUCACCGCCCCGAAUACCCCCAGCCAGAGGACGCUCCCUGGCACCUUUCGAUUCCCCAAACACAGAACCAUCAACGCCCUCCGAUCUGCCUGUAUUCCCAAACAUCGAACUCUCCUCUGACCUAUCACCACCUAGCCCUAAGAAGCAGUCUACAGACGAUCAACUACAAGCCCAAAUAUCGUCCCUUCUUGAAUCGAUUCCAGCACGCUUCCGCCUUACUUCUGAGCCACCCGAAGAACCUAACCGCUUCCCGCCCAAUCAUAGCCUCCGCCCGGCCAAACCCCGCUCCUCACUUCCCGCAUCCUCAGUCCGCUCUCAGUCCUCCCUAAGCUUGCGUUCCCGCGCCUCUACACCAAGCUUUACUCUAGCCCCGGCCUAUGGCAAGAGGGCGAGCAGGCCAAGACCACAGCCCAACAAUCCAGAAAUCAAGCUCUACCACCUCUCGCGUUCGUCGGGUGAAGCACCCAUAAAGUUGUUUGUCCGCCUGGUUGGUGAGAACGGGGAGCGUGUUAUGGUCCGGGUUGGAGGCGGGUGGGCAGAUCUGGGCGAGUACUUGAAAGAGUAUGCUAGUCAUCACGGACGCAGGGGUGCAGGAUCGGAAGAUAAGGUUGAGAUCCAGGAUAUAGGAUCGAGGAAUGUGUCAGGCGCAAGUAUGAUCUCGUCUUCUACUGUGCGUGGAAAUGCGCGCGCAAGCCCAGCAUCUAGGCCUUCUUCAGUCCUCGAACGCGAACGUCCUAUGUCUAGCCUUUAUGUGCGCAAAACGCGCAAGAGCGAUGCUGAUUCGACCGCCGCUUCUAUCGUCAACCUCCGCUCACCUGCCACCCCGGCCGUCUUCCCCCAGACAGCCGGCAAGCAGGAAGGCAGGUAUAAAACCCCUCCAUCCGGAACCUCAUCAUCGGAAGAGAGAACCCCUUCCAUAUCAGGCGAGCCCGAGGAACACGAAGGCGGUCUCGGCCUGGCGGGGCCGAAUGGGAAGAACGUCAGGAUCAGCGAGAGGGACGCGGAGUGGGUGGAGAACGUGAAAGAGAAAGUCCGGCUAGCGUCAGCGGAAAAGGAGCGCAAGCAAAGAGACCGGGAGGAGAUGGAGAGCAGGCGGGAGCGGGCCGGGUUUCGGGAUCUGGAUCGUGUGGGUGGCACGAAACGGUUAUUUAAGAAGGGUUAA